AUGUUCAGGGCUGUGUCGUGGGCCUGCAGGGCUCUUUGUGGAGCCCGCCGCCCUCGUUCCGCGAGGACGUUCAGCUCAAGAGAAAACAGGAGCCCGGCCCAGGCCAACAAGGUGGCCGUGGUCACCGGCUCGACCAAAGGGAUCGGCUUGGCCAUCGCGCGGCGUCUGGCGCAGGACGGGGCCCACGUGGUGGUCAGCAGCCGGAAGCAGCAGCACGUGGACCGCGCCGUGGCCUCGCUGCGGGCCGAGGGGCUGAGCGUGGCGGGCACCGUGUGCCACGUGGGGAAGGCCGAGGACCGGGCGCGCCUGGUGGCCACGGCCCUGGAGCACUCGGGGGGCGUCGACUUCCUGGUGUGCGUGGCAGGGGUGAACCCCUUGGUGGGGAGCACUCUGGGAUCCAGCGAGCAGAUCUGGGACAAGAUCCUGGACGUGAACGUGAAGGCCCCAGCCCUGCUGCUAAGCCAGCUGCUGCCCUACAUGGAGAGCAGGGGGGGGAGCUCCGUGGUUCUGGUCUCCUCCGUGGUGGCGUACGUGCCUGUACCAGAGCUGGGCGUCUACAACACCAGCAAGACCGCCCUGCUGGGCCUGUGCAAGUCGCUGGCGGUGGAGCUGGCCCCGAGGGGCGUCCGGGUGAACAGCCUGGUGCCCGGGGUCAUCAACACCGACUUCAGCCAGGCGAGGAAGCCGAUGGCCCACGUCCUGCCGGCCGUGAAGGGGGUGUACGGAUGGCAGAGGACCGGGGAGCCGGAGGACUGCGCGGGGGUCGUGUCCUUCCUGUGCUCGCCGGACGCCAGCUUCAUCACGGGCGAGAACAUCGUGGUGGCAGGCUACUCCCCCAAGCUAUGA